GUUUUGGCGCGGGCGGUGCGGAUCACUGCGGAUCACCCUUAUCCUCACCUCCUUUGUGUGUAUUGUCUGUAUGGCUAAAAUGGUCGGGCUUCGGGCUCAUCUCUGGUCUUCUCGUAGCUCUCGUUUUGUGCUCAUCGUCUCGUGCUCGUUUUGUGACCUCGUUGUGUUCUGACAAGAACGCACGAGGGUUACUAAAAAGUCGAGCUGUUACAUAUCGAGCUUAAUAUUAUCAUAUGCGCAUUAGUCUCAAGCCUUGAACAUGCAUUGAUUCGCACAUCGACCUUUUCUUUCUGCCGUCAGCUUCAGCUGUACUCAGCUGUACUAUAUCUACGUCUACGACGUUGUUAGAACGCAUCGCGAUCGGUUAAAAGCUCGUCGACGAAAAGAAAUUGAAAGAAACAUUUUGAUGUGACCGAUAACGAUGGCCGGAAUAUUUGACAUAGAGUUACAUGACGACGAGGACGGCAUCGUGAAUCAGAACGAGUCGGACGACGAUAUCGCCGAUAGCAAACAAGACGAAUAUAACCACGCUACAAAUAUAAAUAGCAUAUUAGUAGAGUCCGACAGUAGUUUGGAAAGGGUACAAUUGUCGGAGCAAAAUGUGAAUGCAGGCCAAGAGAAAGCCGGUCCGCAGGACUUUGAAUUGUGCAAAAUUUUAGGAGAAGGCGGCUACGGGAAGGUGUUCCAAGUGAAGAAAGUAACUGGAAAGGACAAAGGCAGUAUCUUCGCUAUGAAGGUAUUAAGAAAAGCGUCUAUCAUAAGAAAUCAGAAGGACACGGCUCACACGAAGGCCGAAAGAAACAUUUUGGAAGCGGUCAAGCAUCCAUUCAUCGUGAACUUGAUGUACGCGUUUCAAACCGGUGGUAAAUUGUAUCUGAUUCUGGAAUAUCUUUGCGGAGGAGAGCUCUUCACUUACUUGGACAGAGAAGGCAUCUUCUUGGAAGACACGGCUUGUUUCUAUUUGUCGGAGAUUAUACUCGCUCUUCAACAUCUCCAUGAUCAAGGUAUCAUAUACAGAGAUUUGAAACCGGAGAAUAUUUUAUUAGACGGCGAGGGUCACGUUAAAUUGACAGACUUUGGUCUUUGCAAAGAACAUAUAGAAGAAGGUACAGUAACGCAUACAUUUUGCGGAACUAUAGAGUACAUGGCGCCGGAAAUUUUAACCCGAAGCGGACACGGGAAGGCGGUCGACUGGUGGAGUUUGGGUGCUCUCAUGUUCGACAUGCUUACCGGAAUGCCACCGUUUACAGGGGACGAUAGAAGAAAAACAAUCGAGAAAAUUCUACGUGGAAAGUUGAAUCUCCCGUUGUAUCUAACGCCGGACGCGAAAGAUUUAAUACGAAGAUUGUUAAAGAGGCAGGUAUCGCAAAGACUGGGAUCGGGACCCGAGGAUGCCGAACAGAUCAUGAAUCACGCGUUUUUCAAACACAUAAAUUGGCAAGAUGUAGUCUCGCGUAAACUGGAACCACCUUUCAAACCGUCGUUGAAAAGUGCCGAUGAUACGUCGCAGUUCGACGAACAAUUCACGGCGACCGUGCCAGUCGAUUCUCCAGCCGAAAGUACAUUGAGCGAAUCCGCCAAUAUGAUCUUUCAAGGUUUUACGUACGUAGCACCCAGCGUCUUGGAGGAGAUGUGCGCUCAACCGAGGAUCGUGAAUGCCAAAAGCCCGCGAAAGAGUCUCGCCGGAUUCGGUGGGAGUCACGGUCACGGUCACGGUCACGGUCACGGUCACGGUCACGGCUACGGCCACGGUCACGGUCACGGACACGGACACGGACACGGACACCGUUUCUCUUCGAGAUCACCCGACGCGCAUCUUCGCGCAACCUCUGGUUUUCACCAACAAAACAGCAGGCAACACCACGCGAUCGCUUCGAACAACGUGGCGAUGGAAGAUACCGACAUGAGUGACACGGUUCCUCGGCGUCCGAACUUGUAAACGGUGGGUCGACAAAUUCGACGGUACCGUACGGAAGAUUCGAAACGCGCUAUCGGCGACGCAUCGUAGAUCGACCGUUGUCGAUGUUAUUCGUCCAUCGACGACGCUUACGAAAGACGGCAGCAGUACCACUACCACUACUAUUUUUAUGCGAAGCGAAGCGACGUCAGCGUCAGAGAGUGCUGCAACUAUUUGCAGCAUGGAAACAAGUAAGAUUCAUCGUAGAUUCGCGUUACGCGGUAGAAACGUGUAUAACUUUCUGAUAACGCGAUGUACAGCAAAUACAUUUCACUCGAAUGAUAGACAUCGGAGUAUCGGACAUACAUACGUAGCUGAACGUUAUCCGCGAUUACAAUUUAUUCGUUUUAGACUUACCGUGUAUUUACAGCCGCAAAGAGGAAGACGAGUGAUGAAAAGAUUGCGUGCAUGCGAUUUUGUGUGUGUGUGUCUGUGGUAUGCGCACGCACGGGCCGUGCGUGUGAAUUGAGUGACGAAACCAAGUAAUUUAGCAGUGUACAAAUAAAAAAUUGUAUUUAUCUUUUUUAUAGUAGUGAAGAAUCAGCAUUAUAGAUUAAUAAAAUAUAUAUAUAUAUAUAUAUAUACGUAUACAA